GUGGCCCACCAACACGCCGUCAACGUCUCCGCUCGUUGCUCUGCCAUUCUUCUUCCUCACGUCGCCAGACAAAGCACGCAGCUUUCGCCAGAUCCAUCCCUCGUCUCUCUCAAUCCCCUGCAGCCAAGCAGCGAGAUCCAGUCGCCAUCCUCCGAAACGCCCAGCCAACAUCAGUAGUUGGCUCCGCCGCGUUCGUGGACUGCGGAUCAGCGAUUAAGGUAAUGCACUGAUGAAGACAGAGAUUGAGGAGGUAGGCACCGCAUGGUUCUGGACUGAGGAGGACAAAGCCCUUUGUGCUUCUGUGCUGGGUUCGAAAGCUUUCGCGUAUCUGACAAAAGGUGGUGGUGUCAUAUCUGAAGGUCUUGUAGCAGCAUCUGCCUUGGUGGAUUUGCAAAAUAAACUUAAGUACCUGGUUCAGGCAGAUGGUCAGAGCCUUCGUUGGAACUAUGCCAUCUUCUGGCAGCUCUCCCGUACCAAGUCUGGUGACAUUGUCCUUGCCUGGGGUGAUGGAUCUUGCUGCGAAUCCCAUGAUAGCGAGAUGGGAUCUGCUACUUCUACUGUUGUGGAUGAUGCGUCUUCAGUGACCAAACAGAGGAUGCGGAAGCGGGUCCUGGAGAGGCUGCACUCAGCAUUUGGUGGAGCUGAUGAGGAGGAUUAUGCUCCUGGAAUUGACCAGGUCACUGAAACUGAGAUAUUCUUUCUAGCAUCUAUGUAUUUUGCAUUUCCACGUCAUGUUGGUGGCCCUGGGAAAGUGUUUGCUGCAGGCGCACCCCUUUGGAUUCCAAACAAGGAGCUCAAUGUUUCCCCAUCAAAUUAUUGUUACCGGGGAUUCCUUGCAAAUGCGGCGGGAUUUAGGACCAUUGUGUUAGUGCCAUUCAAAGCUGGUGUACUUGAGCUAGGCUCAAUGCAGAACGUGCCUGAGAGUUCUGAAACUCUGGAAACUAUAAGGUCAGUGUUUCUAGGGACUUGCAGUAACAAAUCAGCAAGUGAUAAGCAUAAGGAGAAUGGUUCUGCUCAUAUAUUGCCGGGUUUGACAAAGAUCUUUGGGAAGGAUUUGAAUUUCAGCCAACCUUCAGCCAGCAAAGGAGCUGAUCCAUCAAAGGUGGAUGUAAGCUCAAGGGAUGCACAGAAGAGCAGUGGUUGUAAGAGCAUGUUGCUCCCUAAUCUCCGGAAAGGAUUGCAGAAUUUGACAUGGAGUCAGGCUCGAGGCCUGAGUUCUCAUCAGCAGAAGUUUGGCAAUGGUAUCUUAGUUGAGACAAGUGAGACUGCACAUUGUAGCAAUGGAGCUGCUCAUGGCCCUGGAGUGAGCCCAUUUCAGCCUCAGAAGCCACAGCAGAUCUUGACCCAACCACCACCUCAGCCUUGGGGGCCAAGGCAAAUAGAUUUUCGUGUAGGGUCCAGUUCCAAGUUUGGUGUUUUGAUUUCACAAAAAGCCAUGUUGGAUGGGGAGUAUGGCGAUGUUGAUGGCUUCUGUAAGGAGGAAAGGGAAGACCGGAAGCCAAGGAAGAGGGAAAGAAAAUCAACAAACGGGAGGGAGGAGCCGCUUACCCAUGUUGAGGCUGAGCGCAAAAGGAGGGAAAAGCUGAACAAGCGGUUCUGUGCUCUGAGAGACAUUGUGCCCAACAUCUCAAAAAUGGACAAAGCAUCCAUUCUGGAAGAUGCCGUGGCAUAUAUCGCAGAUCUCAAGAAGAAGCUGCAAGAGAUGGAGGCAGAUCAAGAGAAGUUCUUGGAGCGUGGUAAGGUAGACACCAGGGAGCAAACAUCUAGGCCGGAAGUUGACAUCCAGGUGGUGCAAGGUGAGAUUCUUGUUCGAGUAGUAUCGCAAAUGGAGAACCAUCCAAUAAAGAAGAUGCUCCAAGCUUUUGAAGAGGCAGAGGUGGAAGUAGGUGAAUCAAAGGUCACAGCUAACAAUGGUACAGUUGUGCAUUCCUUUGUUAUCAAGUCCCCUGGCUCUGAGCAGCAUACAAGAAAGAAAUUGCUCGCCUCUAUGUCUAAUGCAACUAGCUCUGUGUAGAAUUGGAUGUCAACUUGAUGUGUUUUUGACAGAUCAUUUUGGUGACUGUGAACUGGUAACUACUAUGACACCCAUUGGUAACUACUGUGACACCCAUUGGUAUCGGACUAUCGGUAUAGGUGAUAUAUCCACAUAUAGAACUAAGAUCCUUACUUAGCAAGAAACUCUGUAAGUACGAUUCACAACUGUAAAUUUGUAACUGUCUAUUCCUGUGAUUCGCCAAUUUUAUAUGUUUCAUGGGAUACCGAUCAUAGUGCUGUCAGAACAGAAGUUUUGUGUCAUUCAAUUCAACCACCUUGGUCAUAUAUAAUGUUCGGAUUUAUACAUUUUUUUUCUUAACGCUAUUUGAUGGAGUGCCGUACUUUUCA